AUUAUAUCAAAAUGGGCCCCACAAAAUUCUGCUAACGCAAGGGUGAUUAGAUCUUUUGAAAAGAAUAGAUUUGAUCAUUUAUGGAAGGAAAAGAGAAUGCCUCAGAUUGAAGAUCAAUAUAUCUGGGAUAUUCUUCAAGCAAAUACUUUAAAUUCAUCUUGGACUUAUGGUACCUCAUUUCAGGACCAAAAGACAAACAAUAACCCACCAGAGAAAGAAGAGAGAAAGCCAAUAAACAAUACUCUUGGAGGUGGGGCUGAUGAAGACGAUUUUGAAGAGUUAGCAAGUCAUUCUGAUGAUUUUGAAGAAGAACAUCAGAGAGGAAUGGACUCGCUUUCUAUAGAUGAGGAAAAUACAAAGUCACCAGGGAGAAACUCGCCGAAGAAAGAAAGUGAUACAGAUACUGGAUCAUCAAGCGAGAAUUCAAAAAACACUAGCAAACAAGCGUCAGCAUCAAAUACACCAAGCCCUACUAAACAAGAGAAUCCAUCAAAAGAAGCAUCUUCGCCAUCAAAAAGUCCAUCAAGUUCUAAAGAGUCUAUGAAGAAAGAGACUCAAACAAAGCCGAAAAGACAUUUUGGUGCAAUGAGCCGCAAAAGGAAGGUCCACCAUUCUGGAUUCUCUCCUAUCAAAGCUCAAAAGCAGUUCCAUAGUAAAGAUUAGCUAACAAAUACC